AUGUCUUCCCAAAGGCCAAACACGUCCAAUAAUGCAACUUCAUAUUCUCAAGGAACAUCCAGUUCAGCUGGAGGAUCGUCGCGCAAGAGAGCUCGAGUAAAUAGUGCAGCUAGCUUCGGCCUCGAGGUGGUUGCAAAUGCAGCAGAGGCAUCAGAUAUACUUGCUCCUCUCAAAGCUGCCUCUCGAACGACGAAAUCGAUCAUUGAUGCCAUGCAGGCUAUCGAUGAUAACCAAGAGGACUGGAUCGAGCUGAUGCAACGUAUGGAGCAAUACAAGUCAGCAAUCAAGGAACAAAUCGACUCAUUCCCGAAGAACUCCUUUGAGAGUGUUCCAGAUGAGGUGUUGAGCCGUCUCCUUCGGUACCAGAAUACGGUGGUGAACCAAGCUCACAAACGACGCCGCAUGAGCAUCAACGCGCUUACUGGAAUCGGGAAAGUGAAAGUCGAUGCAGGAGCCAUUCGUAAAUUCAAUCGUGAUAUCGAGGAUGCGCAUAGGCAAUUCAUGGAGGCAAUGAUCGUCUUUACUGCAUCCCGUGUCCAAGCCAACCAGGCUAUCCUGGCCAAUGUGGAUAAAUCUGCUGCUAUACUACAGCUUCCAUUGGUCACAUUCGUCGCGUCGUCAGUUCACAAUCCAUGUUUACAGGGAACGCGUCAAGCAGUUCUUGAGACCAUCUCACGCUGGGCCGAGGAUGAUGAGUCGGGGAAACCCAUAUUCUGGGUAUGCGAUAUAGCAGGCUCUGGCAAAUCCACCGUCGCAAUGUCCGUCAUGGAGAUGUGGAGAGCAGAUGGAACGCUAGGAGGCCAGUUCUUCUUCUCUAUGAGCAACAGUGAAGCAUCCACCACCGAGAAAUUCUGCUCGACGAUGGCCAGGGAACUCGUUCACCACAUCCCAGAACUUGCACCACAUAUCACCGAAGCCGUGACGCAGAACCCGGCUAUCAUGCGAAGAGGCGAGUUGUUCUUGUCAUCGACGCUAUUGAUGAGUGCAAAUCUGGAACGCAGCGAAAGGAGCUCCUCGAAACUCUCGCCACAGCUACUCGAGAGCACAAAUCUCAAAAUUUUCAUCACGAGUCGACCGGACUCGGCCAUCGAAGCAGUUUUGCGACCACUGUCAAUCAAGGAAAAGCUAGAGGAUCGCCUGCAUAAUAUCGAACAUUCUGACAAUAUUGGUGACAUUGCCGUCUACGUACAUAAUUCUCUGUACGAGAUUCUACCGAAGGAGAAGAGACAAGGUCUGAUCAAAAAAGCUAACGGGUUGUUCAUCUGGGCGAGCACCGCAUGCCGAAUGCUCACGAGCGAAACAAACCUGCAUUCUCCAGAGGUGAUAUAUGACCGUCUCAUCUCCCUGGAGAGCGCUGGUGCCAUUGACAACGUAUACAGUCUCAUCUUCGAGCGUAUAGAACUCGAUUACCAAGGCGCCAUGUGUGAAAUGCUGGCACUGCUCCUCGCUGCGUUUGAACCGCUCACUGUUGACGACCUGGACGAUAUAUUGAAGCAGGCAAAAUUACACGGAAGUGCCAAAGCGUUGGUACGAAAUCUCGGGAGCGUGCUCAGCACAGAUAAAACGACAAAUCUUAUUCAGUUUCGCCACCCUACGCUCGUAGAAUAUCUUCAACGUUGCUCCAUCCACUCAGCCUCUGACAGCCGCAACAAAAUUUCUAUCAAUAUUGCCAAUGCACACAGUCAAGCUGCAUCGUGGUGUCUUCAACACCUCAUGUCGCCGACUGACGGUCUCAAGUUCAACAUAUGUCGACUCGAGUCAUCAUUCUACCUGAACAAGCAGAUUCCAGAUCUCGACGAGAAAAUAUCCAAAUUUAUUCCAAGAAGACUUCGAUAUGCCAGCUCCCAUUGGUUGUUCCAUGUGUCUGGAAUGGACAACAAGAAGCCGCGCCCACUCGAGAAGGAUUUUGAGUACAUUCUUCAGAGUCCACAAGUGCUAUAUUGGAUGGAGGUUCUCAGCUUCACGAGAAACGUGCCACGAGCAAUCGACGGUCUGCGUGCGCUCUCACAUAACAUGGCACUCGGAGAAAAGAUAAGAUGGCGGAUCAAUGAUACCCUGAGGUGUUUGAUAGCGUUUUUGGUGCCGAUUCAGGACAGCGCUCCACAUAUUUACGUGUCAGCGCUUCCGUUUAUGCCCAAAAAGUCUAUUCUACGGAUUGAAGGUCUAAGGGAGUAUAGUGAGACGUUGAGGGUGAUUCAAGGCCUCGAGGAGGUGUAUCCUGGGUUCCCUGACAGUUUGCGAGGCCACAGCAGCUGGGUCAACGCCGUCGCAUUCUCGCCAGACGGCUCACGAAUCGUCUCUGGCUCGAGGGACCAGACAAUUCGACUUUGGGACGCAAAGACUGGUGAGCCGAUAGGAGAGCCAGUCCGAGGUCACAGCCACUCGGUCAACGCCGUCGCAUUCUCGCCAGACGGCUCACGAAUCACAAUUCGACUUUGGGACGCAAAGACUGGUGAGCCGAUAGGAGAGCCAGUCCGAGGUCACAGCCACUCGGUCAACGCCGUCGCAUUCUCGCCAGACGGCUCACGAAUCGUCUCUGGCUCUUGGGACCAGACAAUUCGACUUUGGGACGCAAAGACUGGUGAGCCGAUAGGAGAGCCAGUCCGAGGUCACAGCGACUCGGUCAACGCCGUCGCAUUCUCGCCAGACGGCUCACGAAUCGUCUCUGGCUCGAGCGACCAGACAAUUCGACUUUGGGACGCAAAGACUGGUGAGCCGAUAGGAGAGCCAGUCCGAGGUCACAGCCACUGGGUCAACGCCGUCGCAUUCUCGCCAGACGGCUCACGAAUCGUCUCUGGCUCGAGCGACCAGACAAUUCGACUUUGGGACGCAAAGACUGGUGAGCCGAUAGGAGAGCCAGUCCGAGGUCACAGCGACUGGGUCAACGCCGUCGCAUUCUCGCCAGACGGCUCACGAAUCGUCUCUGGCUCUUUUGACAAGACAAUUCGACUUUGGGACGCAAAGACUGGUGAGCCGAUAGGAGAGCCAGUCCGAGGUCACAGCCACUCGGUCAACGCCGUCGCAUUCUCGCCAGACGGCUCACGAAUCGUCUCUGGCUCUUGGGACCAGACAAUUCGACUUUGGGACGCAAAGACUGGUGAGCCGAUAGGAGAGCCAGUCCGAGGUCACAGCAGCUCGGUCAACGCCGUCGCAUUCUCGCCAGACGGCUCACGAAUCGUCUCUGGCUCGAGCGACCAGACAAUUCGACUUUGGGACGCAAAGACUGGUGAGCCGAUAGGAGAGCCAGUCCGAGGUCACAGCCACUCGGUCAACGCCGUCGCAUUCUCGCCAGACGGCUCACGAAUCGUCUCUGGCUCGGACGACCAGACAAUUCGACUUUGGGACGCAAAGACUGGUGAGCCAAUAGGAGAGCCAGUCCGAGGUCACCGCGACUCGGUUUGGGCCGUCGCAUUCUCGCCAGACGGCUCACGAAUCGUCUCUGGCUCGGACGACCAGACAAUUCGACUUUGGGACGCAAAGACUGGUGAGCCAAUAGGAGAGCCAGUCCGAGGUCACCGCGACUCGGUUUGGGCCGUCGCAUUCUCGCCAGACGGCUCACGAAUCGUCUCUGGCUCGGACGACCAGACAAUUCGACUUUGGGACGCAAAGACUGGUGAGCCGAUAGGAGAGCCAGUCCGAGGUCACAGCGACUCGGUCAACGCCGUCGCAUUCUCGCCAGACGGCUCACGAAUCGUCUCUGGCUCGAGGGACCAGACAAUUCGACUUUGGGACGCAAAGACUGGUGAGCCGAUAGGAGAGCCAGUCCGAGGUCACAGCGACUGGGUCAACGCCGUCGCAUUCUCGCCAGACGGCUCACGAAUCGUCUCUGGCUCUUUGGACCAGACAAUUCGACUUUGGGACGCAAAGACUGGUGAGCCGAUAGGAGAGCCAGUCCGAGGUCACAGCAGCUGGGUCAACGCCGUCGCAUUCUCUCAAGACGGCACACAAUUAGUCUCUGGUUCUGAAGGCAACACUGUUCACCUUUGGGAUGCGGAUAUUGUUCUACCGUCAAAGCAUUUGUUCCAACACCGUGUCGACCAGGACAACGCUGCGGCGUCUUUGCCGGAGAAUUUAGCAAUCAUAUCUGCCUCAACGAGUGAUGCGGGUCCACUCUUUCGAGACGCAUUUGGUCUGUAUCCAGAUCGGGAGGACAGCCCCUCUCAAGAGACAGAGGGAACCUCCCAACGUACGGAUAUCACCCAAGAAAUGGACGGUAUUCCUUUAAGCGCUCUUAUUCCCGGCUUCAAACUGUGCUCACUUGUGGACGAUGGCUGGGUGCAAUCUUCUGGUAGAUUCCUCUUCUGGGUGCCACCAAACAAUCGACAUGGACUACAAUAUCCACAAUCCCUUCUGACCAUGCCGACGACGAGUCCUCUUCGUGUCACCAAACUCGAUUUCAGCCAUUUUCAAUGUGGUCGCUCUUGGACCAAAGUUCGAAAAACUACCACCCGGUGA